CAUCUCGUUGGCAUAUAAUCGAAACGGAGCACACAGUGGUCACUAGAGGAAAGAAACAUGGGCCCUUUGCCAACUACCUCCUUCUUAUCCAAAAGCAAAAGAGAAGAAGAAAAAGACCAGGAUGAAGUAGACGAAUUUAAGAACAAAAUCUUGCGCAAUCAGAGCUGUCGACAAUGGCUUGUUUCGGAAUCUAUUAAAAUCGCAUUUUUACUAUCAUUCGGUGUUGUGCUCUUGCAAUGGAAAAUCAUGAAACAAGUCGAUGUUACAGAGGAUCUUAGCUUCCAGCCUUUUGUAUCUGGCCACAGAGCUCUCAAAACUCUUAACGCCCCUCUAGGUGAAAAAAACGACAAUCCGAAGUAUCGCAAUUGUCCUUUUCGAGAUUCGCCUAUUGUAGAAUCAAUCUAUGUUUAUCCGCAUCCAGGAUCUCCCGAAUGGAAGGGAGAUAUUCUAUCGAAUUAUACAAGAAUCCAAACGAAUUCAAGUAGCGAAGAUUUUAUCGUGUAUCCGUGGAUAGACAACGACCUACGUUGCAAAGCUGCUGGUGUUGGUCCCUACGAUGGCACAUCGCAGCUUGUUCAAUACAAUACAGAACUUUUGGUACGAGAUAUAAUAACACACCCUGACUCAUGUUUGAGGACGAAUGACCCAGAAAAAGCAACCUUGUUUUACGUUCCAUAUCUUCCAUCGGCCGAAUACAAAAACGGGACGCUUUUUGGUAAGGAUAUGUCACAAAGUAAAUACGGAAAAGCCAUCCAAAACAUAAUUACCAAACAAGAGUACGAAUCGUGGGAAAAGGAAUUCGGGCUUACAUCGGAAUACUGGAAAAGACGGAACGGUUCCGAUCACAUUCUUGUCUUCAGCGAACCCAUGCACGGAUUAUGGCAUCCAAAAUCGAGACGCGGAAAUUUCCAUUUUCUACAUAGUCAAUUCCAAACACAUUCACCCAUUGUUAUUUCGAACGAACUCAGCAAAACAUUCAUUGAUAUGUAUCCUUUGUGUGCUAGAAAGAAUAUUCUCGUGCCGUAUCCAAAUACGAAUGGAAGGUGGUUCAAUGGUGCACUGGAUAACGAGGCAGUCGCGAUGAUGACAGAGCACUCUGGGAUUCGAAAACUAUCCGAAUCGCCGGGUGCGAUUCAGAGUGAGAUAGAUUUGGCAAAACAAUCGGAACUAAAAGAAACAUCCAACGGAUCGAAUUCAACGCCACCCCGCCUUUUAGGAUAUUAUUAUAGUGGUGGGAAUCAUGGGACCUGUGUUGACCUUCGAAAAAGUAUGAAAGAUGAAUUCCGGUGCUCUCCAUCCGGGAAGAUGGUAAAGAAAUACAAAAAAGCACUCAACAACUACGCCCAUGGGUAUCGCCAAUCUACCUUUUGCCCUUGUCCGGGUGGUGAUUCACCGUCCGCGAAACGUAAUUUUGAUUCCGUGUUCGCCGGAUGCAUUCCUGUCAUUCUGUCGGAAGAUUUUGUUUGGCCCUUUACAUCUGAAUUUGAUCGGAGCAGUAAUAGUGGAAGUGAAAGCGGUAUAGUUGCAUUGAACCCGUAUGACUUUUCUAUUCGUUUAAACGCCAAAGACCAUUGGCAUUCUAAGUUCGACUCCCCAAAAAAUUGCAACCCAAAAAUCAACACCGGAGAAGGGCACAAUGAAACAGAUCAUCGGUCUCUGCAAUCUGUGUUAGAGGCCGUUCCAUCGAAAGAAUUGGCACGACUCCGACAAGGGUUGGCGCGAGCAGCCGAGGUCUACUCUUAUUAUAGGAAGCGACCAGACCUGCCCGACGAGCCCCUUCGAGAGGGGUUACUACCCGACGGUGGGGCUGCCCACAUGCUGGUUCGGGCAUUGGCAGAACGAGCUUCAGGUGCAUUAUGGAAUGCGUGUCGACAGGAAAUGAAGGGCAAGGACAUUUCGAAGGACUCGGUCAAAAAAUUCAAAUGCUGAGAGCUGAUACUGUGAAAUAGGUCAAGAAAAAUUGCGUAUUAAAGAAAUAGGCCGCAAACAUACAAAAAGAUGCGAUCAUGCAAUGAAAUGCACACAAGAUGAAAUUGUUAUUUGUCAACAAAUGCCGCUGCAUACUUCGCAGAACCCACAACCAGAGAGUAGUACUUGAUCAGGUAUCGUUCAAAUUGUAGAAGGCAAUGGUUUUCGACGUAGUAAUGGGAACUAUCGAUUUACGAACAAAACGUCGGCCCAAUAACUCAUUUACAAGAAGUGUACAUUAUCGAACUGCUGAGACAAAUCAGAGAACAUGGAAGCAAGCGAAAAAGAUAUUACAACUGCUACAAAACUGCUGUACUGCGUUCACUAUUCGUAUCAAUUCGCAAGAAACAACAGGCAUUGAC